AUGGCGUCUUCCUCAGGGAAUAUUCUGCUCGAGGGCGACCUUGAUCCGCCUCCAUCGCCGCACCCUCCCUGGCUGACUACGUGCCCCCAGCCUUCCGCUGGGUUCGUCCGCCAGAGGAAGGGGACCCUCCCUUCCCCACCAGUCAGGGGAAUCAAGCGUGGAGCCCAGAUACAGGCGCGGUUGGUGGAGGACGAAGAGGAGCUGGUCGAGUUUUUCGGCCCUCCCCAACCACCGCCACCGAGGUAUCCUCCCCAACCACCACAGGGCUGGGUGGAUCAAGGGCGGAGGAACCAACCGUAUAAUCCCAAUCCCAUUCCACCUUCCCAACCUCAACCUCAGUAUCAACAACGGCAGCAACCACCUCCCCAGCCUCAGCAGCGGCCGCAACCACCUCCUCAACAACCACGACAACAAGCUAAGCGGGGUGCUACUCAAGGCAGAGGACAGGGCAAUCAGGAGUCUGAACUCCCUCCUUUCAGCAUUGAUCCAAGGUAUCGCAAUCUGACCUAUUACAAUUGUGGAGAACCAGGUCACUUUGUAGGAAACUGCACUAGACCGAAGAUAUGUUUCAUCUGUGCUGUCCCUGGCCACCAUAUGAAUGUGUGUCCCAUGUGGAAAUCUGAUCACCCUGUGGCAGCCUAUGUUGGAAGUGCUAGUCUGGGUUUGGGAUUUUAUCACCUUGAGGUGCCAUCGGUUGAGUCAACUCAGUGGCUAAAUCUAACCAAUUGUGGUGUGGUGAAAGUCAAGACUGGCCAGAUUUCCCUAGCAGAAUUGGAGCAGGAAUUAUCUGAGAUAUAUUGCAAGGAACGGCCUUGGCAGAUUAGGGAAUUGGAAGAGGGAAUGUUUAUGUUCAUUCUUGAUAAUAAACCACAGUACUCCAUCAGUUUUGAUAAACAACAUGAAAAAAAAACAGGUUCCAGACUUUCAGCCGGCACUUCCAUGUUGGUGAGGAAAAAAACAGGUUCCAGGUUCCAUGUUGGUGAGGAAAAAAACAGGUUCCAGGUUCCUGACUUUCAGCCUAGCAGGCAUCAACAACAGCAAGAGAACAAUGCUCCAUGGCGCCACCAGAAUGUGUCCAGGCGUCCAGCUAACCAACUUACCAUUAUCAAGAUGCAAUAG